AUGUCACAAGCCAAGAAAGUUAAUGUCACUAGUAGGCAACUGCGAGGAAUCUAUGCACAAUUAUUAGAGUCAUUAGAAUUAAAAUCGAAACAGUCAUUGCCGCAGAAUGAUUCGCUACAGAGAGAAGUACAAAUACAUUUGACCAAGUAUCUUGAGGAGGUAUUUGAAAUGUCACAGAACUCGCUGAAUAUAGUGGAUGCUGCCGAUGAAGACAUAUUGGGGAUUAUACGAGAGACUCAGGAUCAGUUUUUAGAGAAGUUUGAUUUAGAAUUGAAUGAGAAGGUGAGAUUAACGUAUCAAGAUUGGGAAGAUUGGAUUAUUAAAUAUUCUCAAUUGAGCGUACAUGGACCAGAUAAGUUGACUGAGAUAUAUAACGAGGGGAAGAUCAAAUACCUGCAGGAUCUGGACGCGAGGAUCCAAGAUCUCUCACGACGGGAAGAGGAAGAAGAAGAAGAAGAGUCAUUGCAAGACGACAGUGAGACUGCGACGAUACACGACGAAAAACUCUGGCGAACGUAUGCUAAGUCGUUGAGAUCGUACGUGACUGCACAGGAAAGAGUUCCUGAGACCAGAGAAGAAUUGGACAAACUGAAACACCUGAUAGCCUUCACUAACAGGCCAUAA